AUUAAAAAAGACAUUUACAAAAAAAAGAGGGGGCGCUGCUGAAUCCUAGAUUAGCCGCCGCUGCCCCCUCCCCCAACUUUCCUCCUCUUCUUCUCCUGUCACCAAGAAGACAGAGCAAGCCCUCCGUGGCUUUUCUUUUCCUCUUUGUCUUGAGACCAAAACCGCCAUCUUCACCAUUUGUUCUCGUUUCAUAAACAAAGAAGAAACCAGAAUCCCUCCCCUGGUUGGGUUUUAGUUCCAUCACAGUCUCCUUUCUCUCGUCCACCACGCGACACCAGCUCCCCUACAAUUCGGCCGGUGCUACAAUACCCUCUCUUCUCCCCGGUGAUAGCAGCAGCAACGCCCUCUCCAUGCACCGUGAGCAUGCAUGAGUCGUCCAGCAUGCGCUCCUCCAACAACAUCAGGUUUCCAAAGCAUGAACAAUAGCUUUGUCUUCAACCGUUGAAGUCUUUCAGUUCAAACCCAGCACCUGGAGUUUUUCUCUUCUUCAUUGAAGCAGUGACAGCGGGUGCUCCUUAGCCACCAUUUCCUCUUUCUGCAGCAGCUCAGUCCGGCAAUAACAGUGGCUACUGUUUUUCUUCACAGCAUCAUACGUAACCUAGUUGCAACAUUUAACGGCAGUCCAUCGGCGUAGUUUCUCAGCAACAAGAGCGCAGCAGAACCAGAAAAAAAUGGAGAGGCAGAGCACAAGCCGAAACAAACACAAGGGGGAACGAGCUGGAGGACAUACAGAGAGAGAGAGUCAAGAGAACAGAGAAAACAGAACACAGCAAGGGGAACAGAAACAGAACAACAGAAAAAGAAAGAGCAAGGAGCAUGAAGGAAGCUUGAAGACAGGAGCUUCGCCCAGCGCCUGCCGAUUCGUGCAAAGUCUCUGCAAAAGCAUUAUUCCUUCACCAGCGUCUCCAUGGCCAGCAUCAGACCCGAAGCUGGAAUUGAAGUCUUUACCCAAGCAUUUAAAGUGUGUGUACUUAGGAGAGGAUGAAACCCUGCCAAUGAUUAUUGUAAAUGAUCAAACUGAAGUCUGUGAAGAAAAACUAGUGAGAGUUGUCUAGCCAAAAACAAUAAAGAAAGGUGCUUU